AUGAUUAAUUUAAUAAUACUAGUUGCAUCCAACAUGAUUAAUGGCUUCAUCUUCAUCUGAUUCAUCAACCCUGGUUCCAAUGGCGGUCGAUGUCUCCGCAAUUUAUUUUUGUAACAUAAAAAAUCUAGUUCCAACUGUGCUUGAUUACACUAACUACACAUUAUGGAGAGAGCUAUUUUUGCCUAUAUUUAAAGGUUAUGGUGUUUAUGGUUUUAUUGAUGGAAGUUAUCCUUGUCCUGAACCUGCUAUUCGCGAAGAGAAUGGCGAUUCUGUUGCUUUUCAACAAUGGAUUCAAGUCGAUUCUAUUAUUCUCUCAUGGAUUCAAGCUACUAUUUCACAACAAAUCCUUCAAGAAAUCAUACUAAUCAAAUCCAACCGUGGCCUUACAUGUCGUGAUGCUUGGCUAAAAAUUGAACAAUUGAUUCACAAUCAAAAUGUGCAGAAGUAUUACAAACAUAAUGAUCAGCUUGAUGUGACCGGGAAGAAGCUUUUACGCGUAAGGAACAGAAUAUGCAAGCAUUCCGAGAAGAAGAAGAAUAGUACACCUUUCAUCAGAUUUGGGCCGUUGUAUGGCCCAGGCGACGAUGAGAUUCAAGAAAAGAAGAUACAAGCAGCCAAGGACGAGGUUUGGCUGAACAUAUUACGGUCUUCUCCUGCAAAUGAUGAAGAAGUUACAAAGGGCUUAUACGUAUCGGCCAUCAGAUCAAUCGAAAAAGAAGCAAGAGAGAGUUAUAUCGCCAAUGACAACAUAAGUUUUCUUCAACUGACAGGAACUGAGUUCCGGAUGAUGAUGAUAAAAGAUGGGUGUUUUUUCAUUCAUCUAGCGUUAUUUAUGCUAGUAGAGGGCCACAAUCAUCGUCAUGUUCACAAUAAACUCCUUCAAGAAUUGCUGCACAACAAGAAACAACAAUGUGUUGCGUCUAUGUUUCAUGUUGGCAACCAGAUUCCCUUGGUGGUUCUCAAAUCAUUAAUGAAACAGAACUACUUCCGGGAAUUGAUAGCAAUUUGUGGCAGCUUGAAAACACCAAAAUCUGAUCUCGUGAAGAUGGCUUUAUACGAGUUUGUACUUUUGCCAGCGAUCGUAGAAAUUGAAACUGAGAAGAGAAGCAAUUGUUCGCCCCACGUACUCCAAUUUCUAUUUUCAGGAACCAAACAUAAGGCGGCGAAUCAGAUGCAGCAUCAACCUUGUGAUCUUCUCCAUGGAUUCCACCAACUACUUCUUGGACUAGAAAACAAUGAUAAAAUUGAAGACGAACAAGGAGUAGAUGACAGUGAUCUCGUUGAAACUGAUUUAGAAGCAGGGCGACAUGGAACUGACUCAUCAACUCCUAUUUUGAGGAGAACAGGUGAUUUGACUACUGGUAGAAGCGCCUCCGAGUUGAAGCAAUCGGGCGUAAAGUUUAAGGUUUUCGAGGGGAUAGGAAUCAAAGGGAUUAGCUUCAAGAAAAGAUACUAUCCUUUUGAUCCUUAUCUUGCCUUGCCUCAAUUCUUGGUUGACGCGCAUAGUAAAGUACUAAUUCAAUCUCUGAAAGAUUACGAAACUGCACAAAACUUUGAUGACAAUGAACGUGAAGUAACAUCGUAUUUGAGAUUCAUGCACGAACUGAUUCGAACAUCAGAAGAUGCCAAAGUCCUCCAAUUGAAUGGAAUCAUAAAAGGAAGCUGGAAACACACAGAAAAAGUACCGAGAAUGCUCAAGGAAGUUGCUGGUGAAGAAGAAGUCACUUGUCCCAAACUCCGUCUUGCAAAAUUCAAAUUGAACUACUUUGAUCGUCCGCCAUGGGUCAAUUUAAUGUCUCAGUACUUCACAUUAAUUUUCGCUCUCACUGUCAUCCAGACAUUUUACGCUGUAUUAGCAUACCAUAGACCAAAUUCAUAAAUUUGUUACUUCAUCCUUGUUCUGUUUCUCUUGAAAGCUAUAUUCCAUUAAUUAGCAUGUUCUUGUACUUG